AUGAAAGAUAAAGGCGUCGAGAUCCGAGUAGAUACACUUGGUGUUUUGGAGAGUCCAGAAAUUUAUGAUGUUGAAAACAGUGAGAUUUGGAAUGGGACACACUUCGUUAAGGCAUCACCCUUUGCUUACAACAUGUGGUUAAGGGGAGACGUAACUUGGAAGAUGCAAAUACCAGCAAAGCUAGAUUUAAUACUUCAUGUUAAGGGAGAGAGUUAUAUUCACUACGAAAACAUUGAUGACGUAAGUCGAUUAUAUGAUCAACGCUAAUAAAACGUAUUUUCUCUUGCAAUGUGGCUCACUCUACACGUGAGGUCAAACUUUUAACUUGCUUCACAUUUUUCUGUUUUUAAGAUUGCAUUUUUAUUCUAACUUUUGUUUGUGUUUUCUCGCAAUAUAGUUAUUUAUGGAUCGCCUAAGCCGACCACUAGACAUGGUAAUAAAAGGAAACGCCUCUGUUGGCAUUAAAGGAAGAGCUCUGGGUCAGGACUUCAAUUUAGAAAUUACUUCUAUGCACAUAAUAGGAAAGGCCAGGCUUGGAGGUAAGACCUACUGUUUAUAUAGCAACAAAGAAUAUUAGACUUAAUAGUAGAAAUGAACCAAAAGAAAUGUUUGGCUGCCUGGCUGUUAGGAGCUGGGAGGGCGAGCAUUAUCAAGACUUUCGAGAAAGUUAUUCGUCCCAUUAAUUAACGCCCGCAGAAUGAAGUCUCUCGCGACUUCGUCGCUCACUCCUCUUCUUGGCGGCCUGAAAAUGUCGCUUCACAGCUUUUCCUCUGGUGAGGUAGACUUUCGGCAAUGUUUAAUCCUAUACAAACGCCGUUUUACUCUUUGACAGAAACAUUUAAUUCGGAUAGGAAAUAUGUUGCGCUAGUAAAAAAAAAAACUUAGAAAUUAAACAUGCAAAGGCACCUCGUACUUAAAUCAUGAAGAAUCAGCAACUUGUGCUUGUACAAUGCACUCAGCCAUUGUAAAAUUGACUUACAUCCGACAUGACCAAUCGAUAAAAAUGUCUUUUCGUUAAAAAGGUACUCUUUCCCGUAUUCAUUCCUAUACAUAUUUUGCUUUAUUAUUACCAUUAUCCUUUACACUCGAAAGCAGUUUCUUUACUUUUUUUUUUCUCUUUUUUUUUGUCCAAUUCUCAGAUGAGAACAGCUGCCAAGAUAGGAUGCAGGGUGUGUUCCUGAGUCUUAAAAAUUCCGAGAAUGGUGCAUUUCUCAAAACACCUUUCUAUCCUUAUUUGCGCGCUGCAGAAAAUCAACAGUUUCACGUUACAGCACUCAUUAAAUACAACGGAGGUGCACGAGAUAGAGUCACUAAUAUAAGAGAAAUACGGCGCAGCUUGACAAACCUACGGUUCCUCGUACCAGAGCUGGAGGACAUUUUCCAGCAGUCAAUUUCAAUGCUUCCAGAACAUAAGGCCACCCUAGAAAAAUGGAUUCAGACGGGUACCGUGUUAAGUGGAAAGGUUCGCGAAUUCCGUAGGGUGCUGUUUUUCAAUCGAGCGAUUGACAUCAAGAAAGUCAGAAACUUGGUGGCUGACAUCAAUGCAAAGAUCUAUUUUGUACGAAAGAACGUAGAGAUUCUAAAGUACCGCUUGCUGUUGAAAAAGGCAACCUCACCUUUACUUACCAUGAUUGAAGACUUUCAGUUAGAUUUCCCAGACUCUCUACACUUAAAGUUCGGAGGAGAGAGCACUGAGCAAACCCUGCUUGGCGUAAAAAUAUACCUUCGCUGUGAUCUCUGCAUGAAGAAGCUAUGUCUGGAGAACAUAACUGCAGUAGUCACAUUCCUUGACAGUAAUGGGUGUGGCUCCCAUCUAUUUCCCGGGACAAAAUUUUAUGUAAGUGGCAAGGCGCCAAAGAUGCUGUCUUUGAGCCCAGGUAAAAUCCUAAUUCUUCCAGAAGGACAACCUAUUAAUAUCGUUUUUGAACGCGACUCUGAGCAUUUGUCUAUUGAAUUUGGAGUGUGGAUACGAAUCCUUGGUUUAAGUAAGCUGGCAAAUGCGACUUUAGACAAGACACAGCUAUCAGUAAAAGUUAAGGGGGAAAUUUUUGAGAAAUUCUCAACAGAGAUGAAUGUUUCUGCAAGAAUCGAAGAAAAGCAAGAUUGGAACUCACUGCUCUUUUUGGUGGAAGGAAAAAUGCUGAAAUCAUCUCUUCUUCCAAAUAUGCUGCAAGGGGCUGUUAAUAAAUAUUUGCAUGUUCUCGCAGAAAACGCCCAAACGAGGAUUCAAAAAGCUGAGAACGCUAGUAUGAACGCCAAAAGGAAAAUCAAAGAUGCAGAAACGAUUCUUGAAACGAAGGAGAUCACCUUGGCUAAUGUCUCCAGGAUAUUGGAGGAUAAGACGAACAAUCUCGUUAAAAAGCGAAUUGCAUAUGCUCGGCGUAAGAUACAAUUCAACUCGACGCUUUUGCGCUACCUACACUUCAAGGAUCAAACCCUGUGCGAAAUGAAAAACUGCGAAAAUGUCGACUUAAACACUUGCAUACCUGACGUUUGUAGAAAGGAAAUUAAAACCACAUAUACUGUACCCGACUGUAAGGAAGUUAACAAGAAAAUCAAUGUGGUUCGCCUAGAAGAGGUUUCAGAACGGGCAUGUUACAAAUAUCAGACGCCCAAAAAGUACUCUGUUCGUGGAGGAAGCUGGUGGAGCAGUCAGAAAUUAACUGUGAGUGGAGGCGAAACAAAAAAAAAAUGCUAUAAUAAAAUCAGACAUGAACGAAAAACUAAAGAAGUUAAUGUAAAGAAGUUUGAAUGCGCAGGCAAUCCCAAGGUUUUAGACAGUAUUUCAGGUUACACUCAACCAUAUGAAUGUUGCAACAAAGCGAUAACCGAAAAGGUUCAGAUUUUGAAUCCUCAAUGUGUUCGUUACAACUCAGAUUGUUGGGAAAACAUGACCGAAUUUAGCCAGCAGCUAACACGACAACACGAUAACAGAAGCGCGCUCUUUGCAGAUUUUCAGUAUUUGUCUGAAAUGGGACAGCAAGUAGAUUUUGCUCAAAUGGAAGUUAACACGGCACGAACAAGAGUUCGCUUAGCAUCAAAUCAGGUCAAACUUGCCCGAGCCUUGCUCCAACAGCAACAAUAUGCUGAGAAAUCCAUAAGUAUUAGUAAAAUCAAAGACCAAGAGCAGCUUGGGAUAGGACUGGCACACAAAAUGAAGGCUCUAGGUGGUAAGGAACUGAUCUCGGUGGAAAGUCUUUUGUUCUCGACAUGGAUGACCUCGGCCACCAAAUCUUUGUUACCGUUCCUGGCAUCUGUAAAGGAUGUUGAUGGGCGUAACAAGUUUAUUGAGUUUCCAAUGGAAUUUAAAAGACUUGAAUACUCCAUAAACUCAGCUUCGAAACUUAUCAUACAGACAAUCUUUGGAAAAGUUAAUACUAGAAAAAGAAGAUCAACGCAUGAAGAUUUUGUGGAAGACGAACUUGGCAUGGACAUUGGGCAACGUAUGUGCUUUUUCUCCCACCAAGCAAAUGCUUUCUUUAAAGAUGUCAUAGACUCUUUGGAAUUUCUAAUUGAAAGUGCAAAUGUGUACUUUAAGGACUUAUCUUCAGGAAUCAAUGAAGUUGAUUCGCAUUUUAAGGAUUCGGUAGACAAAUCCUCCUCGCCUGGUCGAAAGAUUCAGACGUCCUUCAGGGAGAUGAUGGAGUCCCUUAAAGAUAAUUACAUGUCUAUCCGAAGUGAGACAACAUGGGAGAGUAUGCUUGAAAAAUGGCGCGACCAUCUCAAUGUUUUGACAAGCAACAACAACUUUACAAAGUGUUCAGGAAUUCAGGAUUGUUUGGACUACUACUUUCAUAAUUUGGAGGAAUUCUAUCUCUUCGAAGACAGUCAACGAGCACUCGAGAUAAAGCAGAAACUACAAGAGAUGAAAACUCUUUUCAAUAGCUUGUUACAAAGGAAUUAUUCAAUUGCCGAAGUACAAGAAAUUGUUUUUAAGGCCACAGCCUUAUUAAACAACACAAACGACGACUCAGUGUUGUGCGGAACCAGUCCAGUCAUUGUAAAAAGCUCGCCUGCGGAGGUAGUGGUCCUGACAGGUGACACAGUAAACCUUACAUGCUUAGUCUCGAACUCAAACGAAGUAGAAAUCGUUUGGAUUAAAAACGAAAGAGUUAUAGAGGACAUGAACGAUGAAGUGCUUGUCAUAAAAAAUGCUCACACGGAAACUGAAGGAGUAUACCAUUGUGAAGUUUCUAACAACAGAGGUAGCACAGUUUCUAACGUUACCAUUGUGGUUGUGCAAGAAGCUCCACGAAUCACAGAGCAUCCACGUGACGUUCGCGUUCUGGUGGGAACUGAGACGUUGUCAAUGAUAUGCAACAGUGACGGGGUACCUAAGCCAACGACAGAGUGGUUUUUUAAGUCACGCAUGGACAAGGUGAUACGAAUGAAUUCCUUUGGUCGCAUAUUAACAAAGAAAAACCUCUCAUCCCAAGACUCGGGAUUUUAUUAUUGUAAUGUUUCAAACAUCCAUGGGACAACAACAAGCAGAAUGGCGAGGCUCAACGUUCUGAGAUUUACCCCAGGGAAACCACGAAUCGCCGUAUCACUGAAAUUCGCCCGAUGCGCAUUUGACAGUUUUCCAUAUAACGCGUCAAACUGUACCACCCAUCACUACACACCACCCCUGCAACUCAAUUGUACCGGUUUUCACACUUUCUUCAGAGAAAUGACUGGUAAGAUGAGGUGGGCAUGGAAACAGAUAGAGAGACUCGAUUCCAGUCCAUAUUCAGAUGUCUCGUUGUCCUUUGUGAUCACAGCCAAUGGAAGCAACAUGUCAUCAAAUGUCAGUUCAGACAUUAUCGCUGCUUUGAACAGCUUUUCCCUUUCACGUUCCAAACUUGCCCGCGAUUUAUGGUCUUUUCGCACUGCUUUAGAGGAAAGGAAAUUUCACUUUAUUAGGAAAAACGAGCUUAUCGUCCUCAAACAUGGAGGUUUUGCUGCUGAGCUUGUCACCCAAAAGUGUCUUGAAGGAAAAGAGGCUGAUGAAAAUGGAUUUCUUUGCGGUGGGUAUUACUUCAUCCUCUCAAAUUUUAGUCAAUUUCUUUUCAAGUUAAGUAUAAAAUAUCUAGAGAAGAACAGUUUGAAGUAAAACGACGUGUGUUUAUCAAUAUUUUUACUAUUUGUAUAUUUAUUAUUUUUAUAUCUUAGACAUGGGAAAUUUUCUAUUCUGAUAUCGUCAGGUAAUGGACGUUUCUCAAACUCGCGGCUGAAUAACGAACUUCUGUUCGUAACUGCCUUUUUUUUGGGUUCAAGUUCAAUGUUUUGUUCCUAUUUUGCAGUAAACUGUGCACCUGGAUAUUAUGGGAGGUCAAAUGGUUCAUGUGUCCCUUGUCCUGCCGGCACAUAUCAGCCAAACGAAGGGAGUGCAGAGUGUAACAAAUGCCCAUAUAUACGUUCUCAAACUGAACUUGGAGCUGUUCUAGAAUCGCAAUGUAUCGAUAUUUGUGAGUCUGAAAAUUGCUUUCUAUGCCUUAAAAAGAAAAAUUUAAAAAUGUAACUAUUGCUGUGCUAUGAAUUAGUAGGUAAAAUCUUUGGAGAAAUUUCGCCAAAGUUUCAUUCGCUUACAAAACGUUUUGUGUGGUAUACGUCAUUCUGAUUUGUCAAAGACAGAAGAAGAGAGUAUUUUUUUGCCUGCGUCGCAGACUUUCUAAUCUUCUGUAUAGAGCGGAUUAAGAAUGGUUUUGACGAGUGCGCGGGCCGGAAGCAACGUAGUCUGCUACACAGCUGCUUUUAAUGUCGUCACGCAAUGCUCCUCCCCAAUAGGGAGGAGCGUUGCGUGACGACACUAAAAACGGCUGUGUAGCAGACUAGAUGCAACGCAGCAUAGUCUUUUUUGGUUGUAACCUAAUUUUCUCUGAUCCUGGAAAAUGAGAGCUAUUUCCUGUUUUCAUUAUUUUGUAGCUAUUCCCUGCAAUCUUUCAAAUGUCACUAUUAAACACGCCCAAGUGCCAGAGAAUGGAAAGACGCGCUAUCGUACUGGUGAAACGUUGCUGUUGGGUUGUCAAAUCGGUUACAAGUCGGUAGGAAACGGUUCACGAGAAUGUUACGAAGGGAACUGGACGACACAGGAGUUUUUUUGUGAAAGUGAGUACAGUUGUAUCUUUCCAUUUCAGGCAUAUCUUUUGGAAUGUGACUUGCAUUUUGCAAUAGAACCCCUCCUUCUUACUUCUGCUGGUUAUAUAUCACUGCAAAAUCGAGGUGCGAUGGUAAGACCUAAAAAGUGUAAACGUUUCCAGCUGCGUGAACACCAAAUAAGUGUUCAGUUAGCAGUAACAAUAUGACGUAAAUAAGAUCCUGAAUGCCCUUAGAAACACCAAAAAGGGUUACAACUACCCUGAAUUGGUUUUUAUUUGUGAGGUAACCUUGUUCUCUCUCUUUCUCUCUAUUCAGAAACGUGCUUUCCACCCUGGACUGAGUUCAAGAAACGUUGUUACUUGGUGAUAGAUGUGCUUUCGUACCGGUGGAAGGACGCUUAUGCUGCGUGCCGUUCCCUCAACGGUUCGCAAAUGAUAACGAUAUUCUCGGAAGAAGAAAACGAUUUCGCCGCUAAUCUUGCUAAGGUAUUUACUUUUUUAUUAAGAAUUUAUUUUGCCGCAAACAAUUAUCGGCGAUUUUUCAAGAACUUCUAAAAGUUUUGAAGACAUCAAAGUCAAACCGUGUCCUUUUCGAGUUUUAGAGAGAGAAUUUUGACCUUCAAGUUUAGAUCAAGAGAGAGAAAGGAUUUUUUCUUUAAAAAAAUAAUUAUAAAUAUUUAAAAGCUUAGAUUUUAAAAGAUAUAAUUUUUGAGGUUUUAGCUGCACUUUUGACUUGUAAUUGAGGUGUGCUACAUUCGUUGGGUUGUAGCGGAAAUAGGUCGAGUCAAGGCAAAUGCAACUUAAGAGUUAGUCCAAUGAAUUGCUCGGUGAACAUAUUUAAAGCCAUGUGUCAGACUUAACCACAUAAAGUACUUAAUUAAAUUUUAGGCUCAUAUCAAAGAGAAAAACGUGACCCAGGUACAACUGUGGCUUGGUCUAACAAAAGAAAACAUCCAAAGUCCUUUUCAAUGGGUGGAUGGACGAACCUUAUUAUAUGGAAGCUACACCAACUGGUCGCCAGGAGAACCAAACAACGCUCAUGGCCGCGAGUUGUGCACUGAGAUGCUGGUAUCAGGAAUGUAUGGGACUCAUAAGUGGAAUGAUAUAAGAUGUGACACCACGGGAUUCAAGACGAUUGCCAUUUGCAAGAAACCCUUGCGAGCUGGUGAAUAA